AUGGUGAGCAUGGUGAUCGCCGACGAGAAGCCGCAGCCGCAGCUGCUGUCCAAGAAGGCCGCCUGCAACAGCCACGGGCAGGACUCGUCCUACUUCCUGGGGUGGGAGGAGUACGAGAAGAACCCAUACGACCCCGUGGCCAACCCCGGCGGCAUCAUCCAGAUGGGCCUCGCCGAGAACCAGCUAUCCUUCGACCUGCUGGAGGCGUGGCUGGAGGCCAACCCGGACGCGCUCGGCCUCCGCCGGGGAGGCGCCUCCGUCUUCCGCGAGCUCGCGCUCUUCCAGGACUACCACGGCAUGCCGGCCUUCAAGAAUGCAUUGGCGAGGUUCAUGUCGGAGCAACGUGGGUACAGGGUGACCUUCGACCCCAGCAACAUCGUGCUCACCGCCGGCGCCACCUCGGCCAACGAGGCGCUCAUGUUCUGCCUCGCCGACCACGGAGACGCCUUUCUCAUCCCCACGCCAUACUACCCAGGGUUCGACCGUGACCUCAAGUGGCGCACCGGCGCCGAGAUCGUCCCCGUGCACUGCACGAGCUCCAACGGCUUCCGGGUGACGCGCGCCGCCCUGGACGACGCGUACCGGCGCGCCCAGAAGCAGAGGCUGCGCGUCAAGGGCGUGCUCAUCACCAACCCUUCCAACCCGCUGGGCACCACGUCCCCGCGCGCCGACCUGGAGAUGCUGGUCGACUUCGUGGCCGCCAAGGGCAUCCACCUGGUGAGCGACGAGAUCUACUCCGGCACGGCCUUCGCGGAGCCGGGCUUCGUGAGCGUCCUCGAGGUGAUGGCCGCGCGCCGCUGCGGGAACGCCGCCACGGACGACGACGGGCUGUCGGAGCGCGUACACGUGGUGUACAGCCUGUCCAAGGACCUGGGCCUCCCGGGUUUCCGCGUGGGCGCCAUCUACUCCUCCAACGCCGGCGUCGUCUCCGCGGCCACCAAGAUGUCGAGCUUCGGCCUGGUGUCCUCCCAGACGCAGCACCUCCUGGCGUCGCUCCUGGGCGACAGGGACUUCACCCGUCGGUACCUCGCCGAGAACACGCGGCGGAUCAAGGCGCGCCGCGACCAGCUGGCUGAGGGCCUGGCCGCGAUCGGCGGCAUCGAGUGCCUGGAGAGCAACGCGGGGCUCUUCUGCUGGGUCAACAUGCGCGGGCUGAUGCGGAACGCCCCGUCGUUCGAGGGCGAGAUGGAGCUGUGGAAGAAGGUGGUGUUCGAGGUCGGGCUCAACAUCUCCCCGGGAUCCUCCUGCCACUGCCGCGAGCCCGGGUGGUUCCGCGUCUGCUUCGCCAACAUGUCCGCCAAGACGCUCGACGUCGCGCUCCAGCGCCUGGCCGCCUUCACGGAGGCCACCGUCGUCGUCGAGGGCCGGGGCCGGGGCUCCGGCGCGCGCCGCGUGCUCGGGCCCGCCAGGAGCAUGAGCCUCCCGAUCCGAUUCAGCUGGGCCAACCGCCUCACCCCGGCCUCCGCCGCCGACCGGAAGGCCGAGCGGUAG